GGUUAUCAGAAAAUGCCGUCGUUGCCUCAUUAAGUCAAGGUUAGUAUUAAAUAAAUACAAAGAGGGGGAAACCCCCAGUACAGUUAGCUGGUUUUGGAUUUUGGCCUGCUUUUGCUUUUGCUUUGUAAGAAAUUUAGAGGUAAAACCCGAUCGCAAUACGUGGUGGCAAGAUAACGCACCGACGCAGACGACGUGUGGGAUUGACCGGCGGAUUGUCGGCUGCAGGAUUCGGCGGAUACAACGGCAACAAAAUGCACCAGCAGCACAUGGACCUGCACGCGCCAGUGGACCUUAACAAGUCCCUGGACGAGAUGACGCCGGAGGAGCGCAUGCGAGCCGAGCAUCAGCUGAUGGUAGAGAAGCACCGCGGCCACGACGCCAUGCACUCUGAGAUGAUGAUCAUUCUGUUCGUCACCCUGGUCGUUGCCCAGAUUAUUCUGGUCGAGUGGAAGAAGCGGCACUACAGCUCGUAUGCCUUUGUUACCCUUCUGGCCAUGUGGCUUAUCCCGCUAAUCAUCUCAUGCAGCUUCGGCUGGCUACGCUUCAUCUUUAUCUGGCUGGUCUUCACCUGCGUUACGGCCCUGGUUAUGCGACGGGCAAUCAGUAAGCCCAUCCAAGGAACAACACCCAGGCUGGUUUACAAGUGGUUUUAUUUCAUUUACAAGCUCAGCUAUGGCCUUGGUCUAGUGGGCUACCUGGUGAUUAUGGCCGCCUUUCUAGGCAUGAACUACCUCUUCUCGCAGCCUCCAAACACCUGGAUGGAUGUGGGCCUGAUGUUUUGUUUUUACGGUCUGUACAUCGGUGUGCUGGGGCGAGAUAUAUCGGAGAUAUGUUCGGAUAAGAUGGCGGCAGCUAUUGGCUACUACGCACCUCAGGGCAUUCCCACCCGUCAUCUGGAUCAGAACGUGUGUGCCGUUUGCGGCAAUCAGUUGCUGGUCUCUGAAAAAGAAGAGGGCGUCAUCGAGAACACAUACAAGCUGUCUUGCAACCAUGUUUUCCACGAGUUCUGCAUACGCGGAUGGUGCAUUGUUGGCAAGAAGCAGACAUGUCCGUAUUGCAAGGAGAAGGUCGAUCUCCAGAAGAUGUUCCGUAAUCCUUGGGAGAAACCGCAUGUUUUGUACGGACGACUGCUGGACUGGAUUCGCUGGCUUGUAGCCUGGCAACCGCUCAUAUUCUUCAUAGUACAAGGCAUCAACUGGAUGCUGGGACUGGAGUAGGUCCUGCUUCCGGUACUAGCUUUUCCGGCGUCUAGUCAAGCACACACACUUUGGAUUAAGUCCUGCACAUGUAGCCACACAGAAAACGCGACGAGUUCAACAACGAUAGAUCAAUUGGAAGGGGGCGAGACACUCGCACCACUAGCACCGUCGCCAUUCAUUCCCCCGCUCCCCUCCAGAACUUCUGAAUGAUGAUGACGAACACGGAUGACUGAGCUAUAGACGAAGCCAUCCAGAGGCCGUUGCCAUCCAACAACCUGUUUCCGGGUGUUCCGUUCUGUGUGUGUUUUGCUUUUGGGCACCCAAUUUUUCCAUUGUUCAGUCUUUAAUCGAAACGUAAAUGCAAUUUUGGAUAUAUGUAUCUAUAUCUAUAUAUAUUAUACAUAGCUAUGUAUUUAUGUACAUA